AUGGCGAAUCUGCCAGACGGUGUGGAGGCCGAGGCGACGAUGCAGGCCAGCCAAUGGGCCGAGGCAGAUUUCCCUGCGGGACAACUUGUUCGUCUGCCCUGGCCAUGGCAGGAUUGGAAGGCACGUUUCCUGUUGGUUGUCUGUUUCGGCCAGGCUUGUCGGAUCGGUAAAGGUAUGAUCGAUGGUGCAUUCUUUGGGCAGUGCACAAAGGCUGAAACGACAGCAUCAGCACUCAAUAAAUCCUCUGUCGCUCUAUCCACAUCGCCUUGGGCAAAUGCACAACACAGUCAAGUUCUGAAUCGUUCAUUUGGUGGCAGCACAUGGGGUGCGGAAUCGGCUUCGAGAGGAUGGUGA